AUGGAGACUGAGUUUAUUGGUUAUUACACUGCCACUAAACAAGCAAUUUGGUUGAUGAACUUCAUCAUGGGACUGAAGGUUGUAGACUCAGUUGAGAAACCUAUAACUAUUUACUGUGACAACAAGGCUGCAAUCUUCUUUUCUAGAAACAACAAGAGGUCCAUUGCUUGCAGAUUAAUGGACAUUAAGUAUUUACGUGUGAGGGAUGAAGUCAGAAAAGAGCCGAUCAACAUAGUUCACAUUGGAACUGAUUCUAUGAUAGCAGAUCCAAUGACUAAGAGCUUACUAGUGGGAGUGUUCAAGAAACAUCUAAUACAUGGGAAUGAGAGAGGAUUUUGA